AUGGCACUCCUGGAAGCGGUCCUCUUCUCCUCCCUCUGGUCUUUUGGCCUUGGGCAAUUAACUUUGGAGCAACCUGAAUUAUCAGUUACUGGAACAAGAGAAAAGAGUAUAAUUAUGACUUGCAAGGUGUUCUCUAAGGACUUUAGCAAAGAUUACAUCCACUGGUACCGGCAAAAACCAGAUCAGGGUUUAGAACAGCUACUAUUUGUCUCAACAGCCCCUGCGCAAAAUCACUUAGGAGGGAAGAAAAACAAGCUUGAGGCCAAAAAAGAUGCUCCUUCUUCCACUUCUACCUUGAAAAUAAGUUUCUUAGAGAAAGAAGAUGAGGCCACAUACUACUGUGCUGGCUGGUUGAGCGCCCACAGUGUGGGAGUUUCUUGGAUAACACACACAAGAACCACCACCAGGUCUGUGCUCACCACAUUCUCAACACAGGCAGCCACAGAGGUUGCACAGCUGGGAGCCCUGCCUAAGCCUCCCACUAAGGAAAAUGGAGACAUCAAAAUGAAAAUUUCUCAGCAUCAACUCUCCUCUACCCGAAGACCAGACAGAACAGUGCACAUAAGUUGCAAGCUGUCAGGGGUUCCCCUGGAGAAUGCCAUUGUGCACUGGUAUCAAGAGAAAGAAGGGGAGCCCCUGAAACGAAUCCUUUAUGGCUCAGCUAACAGUUAUAAGCUGGACAAACCUAAUUCCCGUUUGGAGAUGGAUAACAGAAAGAACGGAAUCUUUUACCUGAUAAUCAAUAACGUUGUCAAGUCUGAUGAAGCCACUUACUACUGUGCUCGCUGGGAUCUCACGGUAUUUGGUGAAGGAACUAAGCUCGUAGUAAUACCUCCUGAUAGAAGGCUUGAUGGAGACUUGUUUCCCAAGCCCACUAUAUUUUUUCCUUCAGUUGAGGAAGUAAAACGCCAUAGUGCUGGAACACAUCUUUGCCUUCUUCAGAAUUUUUUCCCUGAUGCUAUUAAGGUACAAUGGAAAGAAAAGCAUGGCAAUACAAUUCUGGAAUCCCAUCAGGGAAAUAUCAUCAAGACUAAUGACACAUACAUGAAAUUCAGCUGGCUGACUUUGACUAAAAAGGCAAUGGAAAAAGAACAUGUAUGUAUCGUCAAACAUGAGAAUAACAAAGGAGGACGUGAUCAAGAGAUUCUUUUUUCUCCAGUUAACAAAGAGGUUGCUACACGUGCCUGCAUGAAAAAAGAAAGUGAUACCCUGCAGCUGCAGUUUGCGAGCACCUCUGCCUAUUAUACCUACCUCCUCCUCCUCCUCAAGAGCAUGAUUUACUUCUCCAUCAUCGCCUUCUGUGUGUUUUGGAGAACAGGCAUCUUCAGAGAUGGGAAGAUUUUCUGAUAGAUGGUGCCCUAAAACGGUCAACUCUUCUUCAUCAUCUGCAUAAUGGGUACAUUUUUCUAUUAUUGUGUACUGGUUUUUCCUCUGUAACAAGGAAUUCUGCCAUUAUUCAGGAAAAGUGCACAGGGCUGAUCCGGGACAGCCUCUCCCCACCCUGUCCUGACAACCUCAUCAGCUCUUCCAGCCUCCAAGUCCUUGUACCUGCACACAGCAGGCAGCUCCCCAUUUCUUCCCUCUGCACCUCCCCCUAGACCAUCACCCUGACC